AUGAGGAGCAAUCAUCGUCGUCGUCAGCCAAGAACCGUUGGACACAGAAGAAGUGAUAUAGCCGGAGCACGAAGCAACCGACGGAAUUGGUGGUGGACGCAACUGAGGUCAAUUAGGCCUCAUCGUCGGAAAAACAUAGUCCAGAAUGAACCGGUCAGAAGAGAAACCGAGGCAGAAAAAGAAAUAGGAGACGUCGAAGAAGUGCAGGAGGAGCCCCAACCAUCCAGAAGAGGCAGGAGACCAUUCACCAACCAAAGGGAAGAAGGAAUUCUCAGAAAAAGAGAAAGAUCGAAAAAUCGAGAAACAAUGAUUGACAAGAAACCCAGAAUCCCAAAACGCAAAUUCGUCAAGUGCAAUUCAUCAGAAGAUGAAGACAUCGAGAAUGGAAGACCAGGGACUUCUAGCAAGAAGAAUGAGAAGAUGAAGAUGGAAGCAAAACUAAAGAAAUGGAAGCAAUAUGAGGAAGAGGAUGCUGAUGAUUUUUAUGAUUGGGUAGACGACAAGGAUGAUGAAGAUUAUCUGGAAGAUGAGCAGAAGGAGAGUGAUGCGAAGAGAGUCAAGAAGAUGAAAGUUGUAGACGAAGAUUCAGAUGACUUUUGUUGGAAAGAUGAUGAGAAGGAUGGCGAUUGGGUGAAGCAUGUACCAAAAGAGAGGCUGACGUGUCCAGAUCGAAAUUGCGAAAUAAAACUUGGAUAUCCAUCCGAUCUCAGAAAGCAUCUGACACGUGUUCACUUCUCGAACCUAAGCGGAAAGAAGCUGGAAGAACAAGUACGUCCUGCUUGCGAGGAAUGGAUAAAAGCCAGAAAGUUGAUUCUUGAGAAGGCUAAUAGCAUGGGAAUAGAGAAGGCUCCGAAGGACCUGAAGUGCUGCUGUGAGGUACUGGACCUUCCGUACAACGUGUCCAACUUGUACUGUAAGGGAUCGGAAGUUUGUAGGAUUCGCCCGAAGGAAAGAUACUUUGGCUUGAAGCGCAAAGGAACAGAAGGCGCGGAAAGACAGUAUUGGUGCAACAAUUGUUUUCAAGAAGCCAAAAAGGAUGGAAUUGUGGAUGUGAAUCAAUUUGUCUCGAUGCAGAACAAAAGGAAUUGGAAGCUACUUUAA